AACUUGAAUGUCGAUGUAAUCAGAAAAGGCAUCCAAUAGUUUUGAUGAUGUUACUCUCCACAUGGCGGACUGGGAGCAACUGGUGUCUAAACUUGCUAAGAUGAGAAGCUACAGAAGAAUAAUUGGAUCUCUUGUUGGAUCAUGCUUAAAAGUUGCAGUGCCACUGGUUUCUUCUCAAAAAGAACCAGCUUGUCUAGUGGCACUCGACAUUAUUGAGGAUGUUUCUGUAUCUCUUGCAAAAGUGGAGGAAGCUUACAAGCACGAGAAAAAAACUGAAGCAGCAAUUGUGGAAGCAACUGAAUUAUUAUCACUAACUGAUCUGAAAUGUAAGAUGGAUUCUCAAGAUGAGGCUGAUGAAAACAGAGUGCUGCCGGCAAUGAACAAAAUAUGGCCUUAUCUGAUUCUUUGCCUUAAGAAUAAGGUUUCAGUGGCUACCAUCCAGAGAUGCUUACAAGUGAUUUACAGAGGGGUCCAAAUAGGAGGUGGUGAUUUUUUCAUUCGCCGAUUCCACAAUGAUGGGAAUAUUAUAUGGAAAUUACUCGUGUCUUUUCCAUUUCGAAGGAAGCAAAUACCAUCAGACGACAAAAGAAUACUCCUUCCAUACAGAGAUACUUCUCCCUUGGAGGAACCAAUGGCUGAAAUGUCCAGUCAAAAAGUGCAAGUCGCAGUCCUGGACAUGAUUACAAUGAUAUGCUUGGAUGAUACAGCUUCUUCUGCAUUACGAACUGUCCUAAAAAAGAUUAGUGGCAUUAUUGUAGGAAUAGCUUGCAAUGGCAUGGCUAGUUUAAGAGCUUCUUCUAUUAGGGCAUUAUCAGCGCUUGCUCGGAUUGAUUCAGACCUUAUUUGGCUUCUACUGGCUGAUGUCUACUAUUCUCUGAGAAAGGAUGAUUGCAUCACUCCCUCGAGCUUGGAUCUGCAUUGUAUAUAUGAUCUGCUUCCUGCACCAUUGUCCUCAAAGGAAUACUUGUUUGUAAAUUAUGCUGGUGAAAACUUUGGCUUUGAAGUAGACCCUUCGGCGGUGGAGUUAGUUUUUAGAAAAUUGGAGUCAGAAUACUUUGGUGAGACUGUGGAUAUUCAAGUAUGAAUUAAAUUUUGUACCUUCUGUAUAUUCGUAGUAAAUUAAUUGAUGGAAAUAGGGGGGCAUCUUGCAAAUGUAAUGAUAUGAAUAUUCCAAAUACAUAAGACCUUUUGUGCUA